AUGGUGAAAAUCACAAUUUUGAAAAAGCCCGCAGCUGCACCUUACAAGAGGCCUGCAGCCAACCCAGAGCCUGAGGAGCCCAUGUCUUUGGAAGAAAAGAUGGAGUUGUUCCAGGGGUCAAAGACUCAGGACCUCAACUCUUUCCUGGGCACACUUACCAGGAACCAGAGAGAAGCGCUCUGGAAGAAAUUUGAAAGGGCCAGGGGCUCCACCAAGGACCCCAAAGUGGAGGAAGUUUGGAAUACUGUCUGCAAAGGCAAAAACAAUGACCAACACAAGAAGCAGCUUUUGAAGGUGUUCCUUCAAACCAAAGGGGAGCUUAAGAAUUCUCAAGCCUGGCAGAAGGAGGUCAAGAAGGGCACCAUUCUUGUCCAAAAAGAUCCUCUGGAUGAUGAUGAAUGGCAAUUUGCCCUGGCCAAGAAUGUGGACUACAGUGCUACAGAGCAGAGGCAUGAGGUGGCUGCAGAGCAGGUGGGCAAGAUGGAGGUGUGCAAUUGGAUGAAAGUCAAGGCCAAAGGCUUUCUUGGCAAUGAGGAAGGGUCAGCUGACCAGGCCUUGAGAGAUGUCAUGCCCCAGAAGGCCAGCAAGCACAUGAAAGCAUUGCUACCUCCACCAUCUGACUCUGAGAGCUCAGAGCAUGCAGCAUCCUCUAGCAAGCGGCAGAAGAAAGAUGCUGAAGCAUCCAAAGGGAAAGACAAACAAGUGAUUGAGGCUGAGGUUUUGAGUGAUAUGGGCAGCAGUGCUGUGGCAGGUGAGCUCAAGAAAAGGGUGGAGAAGAUGCUGAAGCUGCUUCAAGCAGUGAAGAAGGAGGUGGGCACAAGCAAAGUGAAGGAUCACUUGCAUGGCCCUGAGACUGACCUCAAGAAGCUCCUGAAGACAAAGAUGAACGCAGAAUCUGCCAAGGGCAAGCUGUUUGAUGCUGCUAUGGCAAUCAAAACAGCCAAGAAGUUGUGA